UCGUCUCCAGUCCUCCAUCACUUCUUUGCAUUGACAUUAUUUGCAGGAAUACUACAUCCAUCACUGCAUUUUCACAUCUGGAUCACCUUUGACCCAUUCAGGAUUCCGUUCUUCAUUGCAACACCACCGGACAGUUAUUAUUGUUCUUGCUUCUUCUUUUUCUUUUUUCCCCCCUCUCUCUCCCAUCCCUUGCACUCACUCUCACACACACACACACACACACUUUGACUUCAGCGCAUCGGGCUCGUGAGCUCGUGUUUGAACCCCCGCGUCUGCAUGUGCGUGCGUGCGUGCUUGUGUGUGUGUACUGUAUAUGUCUAUGUGUGUGUGUGUGCGUGUGUAUCCGCAUCUAGUCUUCGGUCCGGGAUCCUAACCUCGCUCGCGCGCUCGAUGCCCGAUGAGUGAGCGCGGAUCCGUCGGCGCGAGACUCGGCUCUCCGUCUCGCGCCUCUGUCGGCUGAAUCCGCGAGCCGCGCAUCCCCUUCGCUCGCCCAGCGCGCGCGCGCACGCACACAAGGAGGGGAUCCGGGAUCCUUUGAUCCUUUUGAAGUUGAUCUCGGGACCGUUUGGCUGGAAUUACUGGAAUUUUUACUGGAAGGGAAAAAAAAGGAAAGAAAAGGGAUUUAAAUCCAAAUCAAUCAUGAAGUCUCUCCUGCGCGAGGGAGGCCGACUCUUCUGCCUGGUGCUAUGGCUGAAUGUUGUGCCAGUGCUGAACGGCUGCCCAGCAAAGUGUGAAUGCUACAGUGAACCGAGACCAACUAUGGCCUGUCAGCAGCAAGGCCUGUUCUAUAUUCCUACCGAAAUCCCUGUCCGUAGCCAGCGGAUAUUCCUCCAGAGCAACAAACUCACAGUGGUCCGUUCCACCAGCUUUAGCUCGGUGCAUAACCUCACCGUCCUCUGGAUGUACUCCAACAACAUCAGCCACAUUGAGUCCGGGGCCUUCUACGGCCUAGAGAGACUGGAAGAGCUGGAUAUCGGUGACAACAGUAACCUUAGGAUCAUCAGUCCAUCUGCGUUUCGAGGUCUGACCAAGCUUCACACGUUACACCUGCACAGGUGCGGACUGUCUGAACUUCCUGUUGGGGUGUUUCGUGGACUCUUUUCACUUCAGCACCUGUAUUUACAGGACAACAAUCUUCUCGCCCUGCACGACGACACUUUUGUGGAUCUGGCCAACCUUACCUACCUGUUCUUGCACAACAACAAGAUCAAGGUGGUGACGGACCACAUGCUGAGAGGGUUGAUCCACUUAGACCGCUUGCUCCUGCAUCAAAAUCGUAUCGUUCAUGUACAGCAGCGUGCUUUUAACGACCUCGGAAAGCUGACGACCUUGUUUCUGUUUUACAACAAUCUCACUAUGUUGAGUGGUGAGACGAUGGAACCGUUGGUGUCACUGCAGUAUUUACGCCUCAACGGGAACCAGUGGAUUUGUGACUGCCGAGCCAGGCCUCUGUGGGAUUGGUUCAAACGCUUCAAAGGUUCCAGCUCUGAUCUUGAAUGCCACCUUCCAGUCACUCUUGUGGGGAAGGACCUGAAACGACUUAAAAGCAAUGACCUGGAAGGAUGCAUUGAGAACAGCCAUCAUUCUGGAAAAUUUCUACCCUUUGAUGACCCGAUAGGAGAAAGUAUCCCAAGGUGCUGCCUUUCCGAUAACGACAAAUCCUCUAUCAUUUUCAGCAAGACUCUACUUGAUCCCUCAUCCAACAGCCGUCAAAUUACAAACAACCCCCAGAAGGAGAAGGAGAACAUAUCGAAGACGAAGGUCCUUGAAACGGAACGGAUAAAGAACGACACCCGCAGCAAGCAGGGAGUAAGUCUGAAUGACGGGCCCUUGGCAACCCUUUCCAACAACCUAGAUCAGUCGCUGGACAAACUCAGCCCAGACAUGUUGGAUAUGGAACCUUCAACAGCACCAGCUAAAAAGAAAAAAAAGUGCUCAAAAAAGCCCAAGUCAGAUCAGUCAUGUUUGAAGAGCCAUGGAUCUAGUCUUAGAGCACUGGGCCUUCUCUUUUUCCCCAUGUUUUGGUUGUCCUUAACCAUGUCUUAGUUUAAAGAAGACCUACUUCUCAGAUCAGUUUUGCUCAUGACAAUGGCACAAAAAAAAUAAUACCUAGAGUUACAGACAGAGACUGUAGAAUGGGCUGUGAGGUUAAGCUGCACGGUUAAGAAUGAACAACUUCUAAAGCUACAGACACACUUAAAGAAAUGGAUGCCUUUACAAAACCCAUAUUAUUUAAAUGUAUAUAAAAACUCAGUGCCCAAAUGUUUGUUCUAUGUAACUUUAAAUGUGCCGUGUUUAAGCAACACCGCAGACAGAGUCCUCUUCCCCUUUACCCGCAAAAGCUUACACUGACCAGAAAGUGACUACCGAAAAACACACUUCAAAAAAAUAUGGAAAAAAAAGAAAAAAGGAGAUUAUGGGGGAAAAAAAUGAAAUACAGAGAGCCGAAAGCACACAAGAAUGUUGAAGGUGCGAAGUGAAGAUUUCUGUUGCCAGUGUUAUUCUUCAAAGAGUGAUACAUUUGUUCAAUACUGUUAUGUUUUUUUAUGUUUUUAAGUAUUUCUGUAAAGAUACAAUGUUUAUUUCUCCCUGAAACAUGCAGCAUUCUGUCUGCGUCACAACAUGGUUUUUACAGGUGGCGACCAUCAGCGGAAUGCUAUCUAUCUGUUCACUGAGAUUGCGAUGGAAUUAUAGAUAUGCAUUUUAUUUUACUGGUGAACAAGCAUAAAUAUAUUACAAAUAAAAUAUCUCAUUUUGUAUAA